AUGGAGCCUCAGCCUUCCAUAUUUUAGGAAUUUUAAUCAGAUGAUAAACAAUAAUUCUUAGAUGUAUAAAUAAUCUUAGUAUUUUAACUCAUCCAUUACUUAUAUUUCAGCUACCGAACUUAUAAAAAAUAAUCAUCUUUUUUUAAUCAAAUAGGUAUUCUUAAUAAUUAUUCAUAUAGGACCUACAAUGAUAUUAAAGUCUUGUCUUUUAUUAUCAUUUUAUAUAGUAUUUAAGAAAAUUAAAUAUUCUUCUAAUGAAUUCAUAUUAGGCCAUUUGAUUAUUGGAGUAAUUUUUCAAAUUGCAUCAUUGCUUUAUGAAAAAUAAUUUGCUUAGGUUGUUUAUUAAUUCACUAUAAUGGUACAAUAUUCAUAUUUUGUAUAAUAAAUGACUGAAGAAUCAAUAGGAUUUUUAUGUUAAGCAACAUAAUAUGCAUAAAGCUUAGCUUUUAUUUAUCAUUUAUUUUAGAUGUUUAAAAAUAAGAAUGUAACUACAUUGAGUCCAUUCUAAUUAAAAAUUCAUAUUUUAGAAUCUAUGCUCUAAAUUACAUUAAGUUUAACAAGCAAAAAUAAUAUAAUUUCAUUGGGACCUGGAAUUGUGUAUUUAUUAUCAUCAAUGUUUUGCUUAAGAGUAUAGAAUGAAUUAAUGAAUAUUAAAUAAGAAAAGAAAACAAGUGGAAAAUAGAAGUCUUAAUGA